UGCAACCAUCCAAAACAUGGUAAUGAACCAUCGAAGUUCACGGAAUUUAUUAAUUAAGAAUGGUAAGUACUCAAUCCAAAUUAUAACGUUUUGGGUGUUUACAAAUUGGUCGAUUUUAGCUUGUCCGUCUAUCCGCAAGCCUCCUGUUCCGGACAGCGACAGGAGUGCACGAGCGACUCGGUAUGAGCGGAAAAAGCAAAAGGAGGUGGUAACAGCACUUCUUGAAGCUUUUGAUAAACAGCAAUUGAGCUUGGAUCAAAAAACAGACCAGCCGCCAACACCGGUGAUUUCACCACAGUCCGAACCACUGUUGAAUAGCCCGGAACUUUCACACACUGAUCAUGCUGUUCAAAGCCGACCAAAACAGCUGGAUUUUUCGACACUUCCCCAAUGCGAGUCCGAUGUUCCCGACUAUCUGAACUGUGCACAAUCAAAUAUGGAUGUCCUUUUUCAAGCAAUAGAAAUUGCACAAACAUCCGGUGCUAGAUUCAAUUCGGACCAGAGCACAAUGCUCAAAUGCAUUGAUCGAAUCGAAACACCACGAGAAUUGACGUCAGGCUUGGACGAUUCUGGUGUGGUUGACGUGGAUGACAAUUCUAAAUCGUUCAGCAAUAAUAAUUGCCCAUCCCCAACGCAUGCUAAAGUUCAAAGAUUGGAGUGUCAAGUACUGCGAUUGAAGAAUCAGCUUGUAUCGAAGAAUCAAAUGGUUAAAAUGCUACGGAUGCGGCUAACUCAUUUAGGGGAAUAAGUGGCAUUAUGACCAUCCGGAGACGAUUGGAC